GAACCAUUGGAAAACCUGGGAGUAUUAGACAGCUGUUUCGUCAUAGAUUUUUGGACUCUUCAUCAGUACGCACCCACCAAGGAUCAAACUUAGGACCUUCUGGUUACAAGGCGAGCUCGUAUACCAUUAAGCCACUUGGACCCAGUGGCCGAGGUUUUCCAAUGGUUCUCUAACAAAUGAUUUUUAUUCAUCCUUUUGAGUUCUGCGUGAAACAUAGGGGUUCAAGUUUCAGCCUUGAAGUUUCAGUAACGGUGGUGAUGGUUGCUAGUCUCAAGCUCAAACUUCCCUCUUUAUCGGGUUUACUGUUGACUGAGAGAGGCUCAGCAGUGUGUGUUGAUAAGUUUUCGGAUCUAUACUACGAAAGUGGUUGACGAGCAUUCUACUACUGAAGCAUCGACCAAGUUUGUAACACAAAAUACUAAGCGCUAAACAAUAUCUUAAACUAUGCCUAAUUUUAAGCGGUGCUACAUUGACUGGUGUAUGAUGUUUUUCAUGUAAGCGUAAGAAAAGUAUAUCCAACCUUUCAAGUGCUUACUUUACUGAUAAUCUUUCACUUUCUCAUCUUCAGGUUUUUACCAAAUAUUUUGAGUUAUUAUCAUCAAACACAAAGCUGUUGACAGAAGUACCAAAGAGAUUUGCUUUCAUUUAGCUUAUUAUAAAUCCUGUGAAAGUUAUUCUAACACUCCGCUAGUAGUAAUGUGCAAUUAGUGCUUGUGAAAACAUUAUUUCUUCUUUCAUAAUCAAAAUCAAUUAAACGAAUCAACGAACCCACACAUACAUACAAUUUUAUCACUGAAGCACAAUUCUAAAAAAUAAAACAACAAAUAUGAAUGACAAAAUACUUUCACAUAUAGUAAAUCCGCUUUUUGCUUGCUUCUCCUUUUUCUCAAAAUUUGUAGAGUGACUCAGUUGGUCCAAGUCCUCUGGCCCUGUUGGCUCGUACAUGUCAAAAUAUUGGUAAUAUUAUGGAUUGUGGAGUUAUUUCCAACAGAUUUAUUUCGCCUACAUCAAGUACAGCCCGUAAACAGUCAAAUAUUUGUCCUUUGCAGUCCACAAAUAGUAAAACUAUCAAUAACAAUAUAUCUAAGUCAAAUAAAUCCAAAGCAUCUAUGCCGAAUGAAAUUAAUUCAGUGUCAUUCAGUAGGCGAAAUGUACCAUCCAAAUACUUCUCCGUUAGCGAAAUUUCAAAGGUGAAUACAAUGUCUAAUUUUGGAGGAAGCGAUCCACAGAACUCUAUCUUAAAUGCUGCUGUCAAAGCAUCCCGUGUUACUGAUUCAACAGUAAAACCUCCAACAUCACAUCAGAAUACCAAUAGACAGUCAUCUCCUAUUUGUGUGCCAUCCAGUUUGUUCCCCCAGGUGAAUACAGUAAAAAUGGACUCUUCGAUAACAUUUAACAAUAAUUUUUUAAAGUCUGAUGAUAUACAUCAAACAUCGAAUGCUCUUGCUCAAUUGGCCAGACUAUCUUCCAGUUUCUCAUUACCUGAAAAUCCUAAAUUAAGCUUUACAAAUUUAAAAAGUUCUACUAAUCUUUCAGAUAACAGAAACCAAUGGAUUGAUACAAAUAAUAGUAAUAAUAGUAGUCAUACACAAUAUGACCUACAGUCAUUAAAACGAACGAAACGACGUGCUAAUUCUAAUUCUAAAUAUCCUUCCACACCUGAAGAGAGUACCUCACCGAAUUCAGCGAAAAGAUAUAUGAAGGAUGAUGGUUAUCCAUCCUUUUGGAACCCUGUAAAUUCCUAUCCAAAUAAUCGAGAUUCUGAUCAUUUACAGAGCGAACUGGAAAAUCCUCUUGGUAUCAGCAUUUCACCAAAUAUGACAACUAAUGUUAUGAAUAAUCCAUCACAGUCAGCAAACUGGGCUAAUAUUUUCAAAUACAAUGAACAAUUACUUGCAUACAAAGAAACUUCAAAUAUUAUGCAUAACAAAGAUACACAAGAGAAAUUUUCUUAUCAUCUAGCUCGUAGUUUCUUAGACUUUUUUUACGGAAAGCUAGCCAACUCCAUGAAUUCUGAAUCGAACAACUUUUCUACUACCAAGCAUAAUCCACUUUAUAAAGAAAAUGAUCAAAAGACAACAAAUCAUUCCUUUUCAGAAAAUGAACGUAGACCAAUGGAUUGGUUAGCUAAUGCCGAUUUACUGAAUAGACAACAAACAAGUAUACCAGUUAAUCCGUCAGUACAUCAUUCUUCAUCAGCAUCUUCUAAUUCAUUUCCUUGUUUAUUAUGUGGUCAGGCUUUUCACAGUAAUGCUGACUUAUGCGCUCAUGUAUAUACACAUUUACUAACAUUCCAUGAAACAAAAAAAUCAAAUAAUUCAGAGCCUGUUCUAAAACUUUUGCACUCUGAGUCAACCCAACUUCGAAAUAGGCAGAAUGGUGUAUUCAGUGAACAAAGAAAUAGUGAUGUACGUACACCUUUCUUUUUGCCACCACCACCAAUUCUACCUCCACCGCCUUUAUCUGUUGUGACUACUAGUGCCCCUGGUAUCCCGUCAACCUGUUCUAUGAAUUAUAAUGUCGCACAAUCUUUCUCAACAACUGAUCCAUCAAACCAUUCAUCUAGUCCUUCAGAUUCAAUGUAUUUGUUUCAGUCUUAUUUAUCUCAAUGGCUUGCUCAUUUCACUAACUCCAGUUCAAACUAUCAACCCAAUGAUACAACAAAUUAUAACCCAAUGACAAAUACAUCUUGGACAUCAGACACAGUAGUAACGAACAAGUCAAGUGAGUAUGAAAAUUGGCAGGGCAUUUUAACUGCUUAUCUGCAUUCUUUAAAAGAAUCUGCAUCAUUUUCAACAACUUCAGCAUCAGAAAUGCAGUUACCGUCAACAGGUGCAACAAUAAACACUGCCUCUCCGCUAACACUUCCUUUACCGCACUCACUCCAUAGGACUGAAAAUCCCAGUUAUUAUGAUGUCCUAUUUGGCUCAAAGUCCUACAUAACACCUUUUCCACAAAGUUAGCGCCACUUCAUUUUUGUAUACGCUAUAAGUACACCAACAUUCACAUCUAUACUUCUCAAUUUAUUCAUUUCAAAAUAUCUCUUCUUUAUUAUCUUUGUUUUAUUUCUAAAAGUUAGCUUUAUUGCCGUAAGUGAUAAAUAAACAUUGAGUGAAAAUGAUUAGAGAGAGAGAGAGAGGUUGCAAGUCAACUUAUACCAACAAUCUGUGAUUUUGUUUCCAGGAGAAAGUUGUACCUAUUCAUAACAAUUUAAUGUGAAUAAUUCUUAUCAUAAUAAAAACAAUAUUAUUAAAAAUAAAAAUAAUUAGCACUUACAGAACAAACAGACUGUGCAAAAUAAUGAAUCAUAAUCAUGUACACAAUUUUAAAUUUAUUAACUUAUUUUCAAAAUAAAUCUUUAUUACCUGUAA